AUGGCCUCCACUGCAGUUAAUGGGACCUCCAACGGGGUAUCAAACGGCUUCCAUCAGGACCUCAAAGUCGGAUACAUUGGUUUGGGUCAUGCUGGAUGGCCAAUUGCGACGAAUUUGCCCCGAAGAGGCUUCCCUCUGGUCGUUAGCGACGCGAAUUUCGAACGUGCGAAGGAGUUUGCGGACCAGUUUCACUGUGAGGCGGCCCCGCCGGGUAGUGGUGAGGGAUUCCGAGAUGUCGACGUGCUGAUCACGAUGCUCCCGAAUGGUAAUAUUGUCAGAGACGUCUUGUUGGGGAGGACAGGGAUCGCUCCGUCCUUGAAGAAGGGUUGCGUCGUGGUCGACAUGUCUUCGGCAGACCCAUUCAACUCGAUCGAACUGGCGAAAGAUCUUGAAGUCUUCGGGUUGGAUUUCAUCGACUCGCCCAUCACCCAGCGAAAGCUCCACGACACCGACGUCGGAAAGAUCACCAUCAUGAUUGGGGCCAAGAAUAACGAGGUCGUGACCAGGGUAAUGCCGGUACUCGAUGCUGUGGCGAAGUACCGCUUCGUCAUGGGUGGAAUUGGCUCGGGCCACGCAAUGAAAACGAUGAACAACUACAUCAUGGCCUCGUCUAUCUGCGCGUUGGCUGAUUCGUUCGUCGUCGGUACCAAGUUCGGCCUGGACCCUGCCACCAUGUUGGAUGUACUUAAUGUAGGAACGGGCCGUGUCUUCGCAUCGGAAAACACCAUGAGAGACGAAGGGCUCACAAGGAGGUAUCAGUCGGGAUUCCAACUCGCACUCCUGGUCAAAGACCUUGGGAUCAACAAGAACCUCGCAGAGCAGAUGGGUUUCUCAACGCCUUUGCCGGCCUUACUUCAUGAGAGGCUGGGGAAAGCGCUGAAGGAAGUUGAGCCGGACGCCUGCCACGCGAAGUGUCUGCGCGCCUGGGAGAAAUGGGCAGACAUAACGUUGAAACAGAGUCCUAUCCCCACGACACCAGCAAUCCCAGAGGACUGA